GACACUACAAUCAAUCUCCUUAGACAUUCAAACAACCAAAGAAAGUUUUUUUUUAAAAAAAAAAAUCAAAAAAUGGCUAGCAUGAGUCUUUCUAUGACCCCAAAAAUCUUGCUACCCAAUAACCCAACCACCAACUUUGAUGCACCAAAGUUAGCCAACAUGGUCACAUACAAGUUGCACGGUGGUCGUCGCAGCCACGGCUUGGUGGCGGUAAGGGCGGCGCCGGAUAAUAGGAUAUCGGAGAAUGUGGAGAAGAGUAUCAAGGAAGCACAAGAGACUUGCUCCGAUGACCCGGUGAGCGGCGAGUGUGUGGCGGCGUGGGACGUGGUGGAGGAGCUUAGUGCGGCGGCGAGUCAUGCUAGAGACAAGGCUAAAGAUGUUGAGCCACUUGAGGAGUAUUGCAAGGAUAAUCCUGAGACUGAUGAAUGCAGGACUUAUGAUAAUUAAUAAGUUUAAUUGGAGUUACAAUAAUAAUUAAUAUUUUGUUGUUGUAUACUUUUUUUGCUUUUUGUUAAUUAUUAUUGUUAUUAUUAUAGGAUGGUUGUUGGAUUUAUAAAAUCAUGAUGAUUAAUUAAAUUA